AAAAAAGGAAAGAGGAUAAAGUCACAAAACUGAAAAAAGGAGUAGUAGAUGCGCUUUCUCAUUUUCAUUUGAAUUUCCGUAACAAAAAAAAAAAAAGACUAAAAUCACGCUUUUCUUGUUGAAGCAAGCAAACAAAACAUACCAACGACACUUAAAACCAGGCGUACAUCCGCCGCAACAACCCCCUAGUUUCUCUCCGACGUACGGCGUUGGAGCUCCCGUUACCGUAACCGCGAAGCUUGACUAGGCGCUCUGAUCUUCUGCUUCCUUUUCGUUUCUCUCCACAAAAGGGAUUUGAUUUUUUCUCCUGUUUAGGUACUCUGAACACACAGAUGUCAAAUCCAUCGAAAGAGCCACGAGAAGAUACCUCAGACUCUGUUCGACACGUGAGGGAAGAUAACGAAUACGUCCGCCUCGUUGUUGGCACCACUCAUGAGCCUUCUUCUUCUCCACCUGAAACUGUGUUAUCAGUAUCUCAAUCAGAGAUACGGACAAGGAACUUGAUUUGGUGGUUCAAAGCUUUGGGGAUAUGUGCACUUACUCUCUUGCUCACUCUUGUUUUCGCCAAAUGGGGAGUUCCCUUUGUGUUCCAAAAGGUUUUGAUUCCGAUUUUACAAUGGGAAGCGACUGCUUUUGGCCGUCCUACGCUCGCCAUCGUCCUUGUUGUUUCCUUGGCUCUGUUCCCUGUCUUCUUGAUCCCUUCUGGUCCUUCCAUGUGGUUAGCUGGCAUGAUUUUCGGUUAUGGUCUCGGUUUCGUUAUUAUCAUGGUUGGUACCACCGUUGGCAUGGUUCUUCCUUACUUAAUCGGCCUAAUGUUUCGUGAUCGCCUCCAUCAAUGGUUGAAAAGGUGGCCUCGUCAAGCUGCGGUUCUUAGAUUAGCUGCAGAAGGAAGCUGGUUCCAUCAGUUCAGAGUCGUUGCAAUCUUUCGAGUUUCGCCGUUUCCUUACACCAUUUUCAACUACGCCAUCGUUGUCACAAGCAUGAGGUUCUGGCCUUACUUGUUCGGUUCCAUAGCAGGAAUGAUACCUGAAGCUUUCAUCUACAUUUACAGCGGUCGAUUGAUCAGAACAUUUGCGGAUGUGCAAUACGGACAUCAACGUUUGACAACAGUAGAGAUAGUGUACAACGUAAUCUCCUUGAUCAUUGCGGUUGUGACGACGGUAGCUUUCACUGUGUACGCUAAAAGAGCUUUAAGAGAGCUCCAAAACGCAGAGGCUAACGAAGAUGAAGAAGUCCAGGUUAGAAAACAGGGGAGAUUCGAGAUGAAGAGCGUUGAAGAUAAUCAUAGGCGUUUGGGUUCUUCUCAUGCAUAAAAUCUAGAUUUGUAUAAAGGUUAAGGUUGGUUUGGUUAUUCAGCAGGACAGGAGUAAGCGAGUAAAUAACAAGAAAAAAAAAAGGGAAUUAAUAUCCGAAUAUGCAGUCUGAUGUAGUAAAAACAGGAAGACUAAUCAAAGGUUGGAUUUUUAAUAAUAGUGUUGCUGAUUUCACUUGUUGAAAUAAAUAAGAAGCAGUUAUUUUGUUUGUUU